AUGCCGCAAGAUCAAGUCCGCCAAGUUACGCUCAACGUUGACCUGGGAUAUGCUAAGUCAAUCCUUGGAAUCUGCAAAGUUCUCGAAUUUGUAAGUUUUCAAUGAAGCUCGUCCCAGGGCUUUUCCCUUAAAAUAUGGGAUGGGUGUGGGUAUCACAGUGAUAUGCAUGGGCAUUCCCGCUAACCCAAAUCGCUAAGGUAAUAUGAGAAGGGAAGCCUAUGUCUCUAGGGUUUUGGGAAUGGGGAAUGUCCAAAACGCGGGAAUGCCCAUAUCACUGUAACAGGCGCGCCCCUCCAAUUUUUAAGGCAAAAGCCCCGGGGAUCCAUUGCCCACGUGGUGGUCACAAUUGAAGAAUAAUAAAAAACAAAAAUAAUGUAGAAAACAAAGCAAACGAAAAGAAGGUAACCGAUAAGGAAUUUGCGCCAAUCGACCUUUCUCAAGCCGGACCAAAGCCUGUUGAAUACAGCGGGACAAAAUCGAAAUCGGAACAAAAAAAAAACACAACUAUGGAAUACUAUCCACAACAGUGCUUUGUUGUUUGCUUUGUUGUUUGUUGAACCUGAAAAUGUGCAGAGACCCAUUUAAGUAACAAAAAGUUGUUUCAUAAUGUCUUUACAGUCAAAACAACCUCUGCAGUUUGAAAUAAAUUCUUUACGUCGUUUGGGAGUGCGUUUAUUAUACCGGCUACGUAGCUCCCUCAGUAACAACGUUUCGUAAUGAUCUGUCCUCUUUCUGCAUCGGGAGAUAGCGUGCCCGAGCUGUUCAAAACGCUGGAAUUGCAACCUGAAGACCCUGAGAUCAAUACCGCCCUAACCGUAUCCUGAAUUUGUUCUCGGUAGUCCCCAGGUCAACUCCUCGGUCACGUUUGAAUAGCCAACUGGUUUGUCUCCAGCCAGCUGGGAUUGUAAUCCUUGCUAUUUUUAUUUCAAUUUUUUUAAUAUCCAAACAUAUUUAUAACUGUUCGUCUAGGCUGCUUUGUGUUUUUUUCCCUUUACCUUAACAUAAUCCAUAUUGUAAUCGGCAAUGCCAUCUACUCAUGAAAAUGCCAGUAAAUGUUGAUGUUGUAUUGUUCUUUUUUUAAAGCUUUUCCUAUUAAUAUCUUGGGCCUGUAUGGCUGAUUGCUGCGUACUUCCUUCGGGGACGAUGUUCAACGGAAGAUAUGGCUUCUUUCUUUUUGUGUUAAUAUUUGGCUGGCUUUGUAUCAUGGUUUUUUAUGCUAUCUAUCUUCUGAUGCUAGCGGACAAGUUGAUAAAGAAUUUCGACUCAAGAUUUCUCGUAAGUGAUACAGAAAAUAUUUAUUCGUUAUUGACCAAGCGCAAACAAGAACGAGGCCAAGAUACAGUUGUCUUGACUGAACAAGUUUGGUCAAUAAAGGAUUAAUUAUAUCGCCAAAAAGAGAACUUUUUCUUUCGGGACCAACGUGGGAAAUCCUUGAACGGGUAGCCAAUUAGAACGCAGAAUUCGCUUCAUCUUGCCCGCUGGCGGAUUAUGCUAUAUAAUAAGGCUUAGCAUACUGUAUGCUAUGGUACUGUUUACAAUUUCAAAAAACUAAGUUAUUGGUAUAAAAGAAAAGGCAGCAAAGAUUUCAACUGAAUUGAUAAGUUACUGAUUGGCCACCGUAGCUAGUGGGGGAACAGGGGGGUCCAAACCUCCCGCCUUAGUACCCUGCAUUUCCGGCUUCCGCCCCUUUUCUUCCUGGAUUUAUCUCUUAAUUAAGCCCUUUGUUCGAUUGCGAAAUAUUAAGUAUAAAUACGCAAUAUCCCCCAAAACUUCCCCCUUCCCGCUACUACCAUCUCCCGCUCUUUCAUUUCCCUCCUUAUGCAUCCCUCCCGCUCCCUAUUCUCCUUGGCCCCCCGGCGCCCGCCUGUUCUCCCCCCCUCCCGCCCACCAGGGAGAUGAAAAAAAACCCGAUGUUUCGAUCACUAGGACCUUCAUCAGAGCGAAUUGUGGGUUGUGUCAGGCUUAUGCCAUUGGAGCUCUGUUCUUGGUGGAAACAUGGUAACGUAAAAAUUAAGUUGAAUGGAAGGCGCGUUCGUUAAUUCCUCGGGGAUUAAGUGUGCCAAUUUGAAAGAGAGGUUUUUGCUCUAGAAUUUUGCGGCUCUCCGUGUUCUCUUGGUGAAGAGAAAAAACCUUAAAGCGUUGGCUGGAAAUUGUGUUAAAAUUUGUCCUCGAAAACAAUCCUCCAUUGCAGUGCGACACAGUAUCGACCCAUGCCCAGUCUCACGCGGAACUUCAUAAUAGCCAAUUGACUUGCGGCUAAUUCUUAUUUCAGCUUCUGGGGUUUGAAGUUUUAUGGGCGCUGCUGAUUCUUAUUAGUGCUUCCUUGGUGGGACAGGUCGCUAACUACUACGGGACAGUAGCGACGUCACAGCUGACGUCACAGUUAAGUCAAUUAGGUCAAGCCGAAAGCAAAGCUGCGGCUGAUGUUAAAAGAUUUUAUCAAACAAUGGCGGCUGGUGUGGUAAGUAAUGAAGGCAAAACGUCUCACUUUAAAACAACAAAAGUUAUAACGGAAUAGCUUUUGCGCUGGGACGGAAAGUAAAGUGAAUUUGAGCGUCCCAGAACGGAAAUAGGCAUGUGCUGGCAGGAUUCAAGAAAAAUAAUUUUUUUCACCUUUAGUGAGAUAUGAAUUCGCAACUUCGCUCCGUAGAUUACAUCUUCCAAAACUAGUCUCAUAACUCGGUUGGUCAGAGAACAGAAAAAUCUAAGUAAGACAUGUUAGGAGGUCGUGAAUUUCAGUUUCGCCGGCGUCUUUUAUAACUCCUAGUCAGGAGCCCGAUGGAGAACGGAAUUACAUACUAAUUGAACCAUUCGCGCAUCGUUGGUCGCCAUUUUCAUAGUUUUGUAUUUUAAGAUGCGGAGGUCGUCGGGAACAGUUGAAUAUUGCGGGAAAGGCUAACCUAAAAAUAAACUUUCUUGACGAAACGCCGUUGUGCGAAUUGAAGCGAAUUGCACUCUCAGGGAGAAGAGCUCCGUGUUCUGAUGUAUCUAGGAAGAAAUCUCAAUUCCUUCUACCGAUAAGUAUUAAAGCGAGUGGCUCAAAACUGCUGACCAAUCAAAUACAAACCUCCUCUUUAUAGCACUUUCUAUAGCGCCUAUUAAAAUUUCCCGAAACGAAACUUUUCGUCUUGAACUUAGUACGUGGAACGCUUAAUGCGUAUUAAAUUUUGCACGCUCUUUUUUUCAGGCGUUCGGAUUCUUCGCCCUUGUGGUGUUUAUCGUGGAUAUUGUUGUACUCAUUAUCAAGAUCGUGAAAGCCAGGAGA